AUGGAUGGAUCGUUUUGCGUAAAGAUGUUGAUGGAUGGAUACACUUUAUAUGUGGAUUCGUCAAAAAUAAAAUUUUGGAACCAGGCAAAUAAAAUGCUUAAGCGAAAGAGCAGUGCCUUCUUGGCUCAGUUGGCAGAGCGUCUGCCUACCAUUGUCAUUCCUGAUCUAGUCCAUCUUCCAAUUCACUGUAAACGUAGCCGAAUUGGUCAAGCUUUAAUAACACAGAACAGAAAUUCACAGGGAUACUCACUGGUAACAAGCAGAACCGCUGAGUGCCAUAUUAGAAAAGAUGAGCUUGAGAGAAUUGAGAGACUGAAUACGGCUGAAAGAUUGGCAAAUACUGUGCAAGAAGAACAAAUGAUGAACGUUGAUACCCAAUAUGAUCAGACCGACUCACCUGAUUCGAAUGCCGCUACAAUGGCUGACAAUGUCUCGGUAGACAAUGAGUUCAGCGAGGUCAAUGGCAAUAACUCUGACAUUGAAAGAGAUAUGAACUCUGACUCUAGCAGUAGUGAAGAAGAAGGUGUUGAGACAGACGUUGAAGAGUUUGUUAAUGAAGACCCAUUUGAUGCUCCUAACAUGCCUGAAAACCCUGUCCAUUGGUUCAUUGCUACCUUUGCUGUUCUUUUUAUUUCGCGUUAUGUUGUUAACAAAGAUGCCACUGUAUUAAUUGAAUUUAUCAAUCAAUUACUCAAGAUCUAUGGCAAAGAUUUCCAAUUACCAACAAGUCUUAUUGGUCUGCAAAGAAUGACUGGUUUUUCCAAUUACACCAAUGAUAUCAAAAAGUCUGUUGUAUGUGAAGACUGCCACAAGGUUUACAAACAAGAUGUGCCUCUCCCUACUCAUUACAACUUCAAAAAGCAUGGUUCUUGA